AUGGGUACAGUCAACGACAUGGCGGAAUCCGGCACUUAUAGUACGUCAUUUGAACCAUGGCGACAAUCUAUCCAUGGUGGACUUGUCAACGGCAACAGUAACAACGGCAGAACAGCGACAAGCACAGCUACGACAAUGAAUCCUUCUUACAUGACCACCGGACAUACGAAUUCCGCCCGUAAACCGACAACAGUUUAUUUACCCGGUCAAGUUGCUGCCAUUGCAACCACGCAUCACAAUAACACGACUAGUAGUAACAAUAACAACAACCACGAGGAUAAUGAACUAGUAGCUGAAACCAAUGAGCCAAUCGCUGCUGAAACUGAACCAGCGAACGAAGAACGAGCUCUCGACAUGGCGUAUGGAAAGUGCAUGUGUUGCAGCAGUGAACUUCGUUACCCGGAAACUGUCGCUCGGUUUCGGUGUCCGGUAUGCGAUACGGUAAACGACUUGAAGCCGCAUAUCCGAAAACAAAUAUCAAACGAACCUAUCACGUUGCGACAGUUAAAACGGACGGCAUCCAAAUGCUCGGCUAAAGAAAAAGCAGCCCGACGAGAAUCUGGCGAACUUGAGCAAAGAGAACUAGAAAAGCUGUAUGAGCCUGUCGAAAGGCUGGUUGAAACGGCUUUUGGCAGCUGGGUCUGCCUAAACCAUAGCUUCACCAAUGGAAUGGAGACGUCAUUAGAAGACAGCGGAUUAAAUUUGGAAGACAUCCGUGGCGCAUACAGAAUGUUAUUAAGUUUGCCUGUCAAUGUGAUACGAGGGAUGAUGACAGCAACCGAAAAGCUACUGAAGCGACCGUCAUUUCCAUUAAGGAGAAUGGGCGACAUUCGGUUCUUGCUGAUUGUACUGGAGAAUCCUCUCUUGGCGCAACACAACUUCCACGCAGAAACCAAAUACCACCACAACCUAUUGAAACGAGUUUUCGGUAUCCUGAGCUGUCUCAACAAUGAGUGUCAUCAGGGGCUUGUCAACUGGUUCUCAAAAUAUACCACUGAAGGUUUCAGCGACAAAGUUCAUCUUGUGCACGCAUUUAUCACGUAUCGGGUAUCCAAAGCACGACGAAGUAAGCAUGGUUUGCCUGCAGCCUAUGAAUCGGAAUGGAAGAUAUCCAGUGCCGCACGGACCAUGGCAUUAUUGUUCGCGGCAAAUCAUCAAGCCAACAAAUUGCCAAUAUUUGAGUUUUAUAACACAAUGGUUGAUUACAUUAACCUUUUAGGCGACUUUGAAUCGUGGCAAUCUCGAUCAGGGAAAUUUGCAUUCUGCCAAUACCCCUUCCUGAUCAGUAUGGGUGCAAAGAUGCAAAUUCUAGAAGCAGACGCCAAGCGGCAAAUGGAAACGAAAUGGCGUGAAGCAUUUUUUAAUAUGCUUUUCCACCAAAAAGCAUCCAUGCCAUAUCUCGUACUACGAGUAAGACGUGAAAAUCUCAUUGAAGAUUCCCUCCUCCAGUUGGCGCAGAACGAAUUGGACCUUAAGAAAUCAUUACGGAUAGAAUUUGUGGGAGAAGAAGGUGUGGAUGCAGGUGGCCUCCGGAAAGAAUGGUUCUUGCUACUGGUGCGAUCACUCUUCGAUCCGCAAUACGGCAUGUUCACCUAUGACGAAGACUCCAACCUAUGCUGGUUUAAUUCAGUGAGCUUUGAAAAUGAAGAUCAAUAUUUCCUUGUUGGUAUCGUCUUAGGCCUGGCUAUAUACAACUCGACGAUUCUGGAUAUACACCUGCCUACUGCAUGUUAUAAGAAGCUGCUGGGUCACCCGGUCGGUUUAUCUGAUCUUGAAGUGUUCCGUCCAGUUCUGGCACGCGGGCUGCGACACCUUUUGUCGUUUGAAGGAGAUGUAGAAAGCACCUUUUGUCGUGCAUUUGUUGCUGAAGUCGAAGCAUUUGGUCAAAGGAAGUCGGUUCCCUUAGUACCCGGCGGCGAAAACCUGAUGGUGACGAACGAAAAUCGUCAGUUGUUCAUCGAACUCUACGUGAACCAUGUUCUUGAGACCAGCGUCGAGCGACAGUUUGGUGCUUUCCGACGAGGAUUCUACCAUGUGUGCGGCGGCAAUGCUUUGUCACUGUUCCGACCGCAGGAAAUCGAAUUGCUGGUACGAGGAAGCGACGAACCAUUGGAAAUCGAUGACUUACGCGGCCAAACUGAAUAUCAAGGCUUUGAACAAGAUGAAGAUACCAUACAACAUUUUUGGAGCAUCAUGAAAGCCAUGGAGCCAUCCAUGCAGCGCAAGCUGCUCAUGUUCGUCACUGGGAGUGACCGUAUACCUGCGACAGGAGCCACACAUAUGGAUCUUAAGAUUGCAUGUGGGGGCGAAGACUGCAACCGAUUACCGUCAGCACACACGUGCUUUAACCAACUGGUCCUAUACCGAUAUGAGACCAAAGAUAAGCUAGAGCGCAUGCUGAAAACAGCUGUCAUGGAGAGCCAAGGUUUCUAUGUUAAAUAA